AUGGAUGUCUCAGCUCAACUGUCCGUACCAUUUCAAACCCUUAGCCGCAGCUUCGCAUUCUCCAAUGAUGACGAAGCAAAAUGGUGGCAGAGCACAGCUCCGAUGUUUGCACAAAUGAUGGCAGCCGCCAAAUACAAUGUGCAUGCGCAAUAUCGGUUUUUGUGUAUGCACCAUGAAUUUGUCAUUCCCAAUUUGGGUCCAUACCCCCGAAAGGGCCACCCUAUGCACUGGAAGAGUCAUUUGACUCGCUUUGGACUACCUUUUGAGUUGAGCUUCAAUUACUCCAACUCACAGCUGCGGUUCGCCUUUGAGCCAAUUGGGCCUUUGACAGGCUCCGAGCUUGACCCUUACAACACUAAGCAAAUUCAUCCAGUGCUGAGAGCACUCACAGCCGUGGUCCCAGAGCUCGAUUUGUGCUGGUUCAACCAUUUCGUCUCAGAGCUCGUCGUCACAGACGAAGAGGUUGAAAUUAUCCGAAAUAAUAAUUGGGAGAUUCCAUGUUUCAAAACGCAGAAUAAACUGGCCGCCGAUCUAGAUCACAGCGGUGGCAUCGUCUUCAAAAUGUACAUCUAUCCACGAAUCAAGUCGAUCGCGUCUGGCACACCCAAGGACCAAUUGAUGUUCAGCGCCAUACGUAAAGCCGACCCUGGUGGAAGAUUAAACGCACCACUGGCAGCACUGCAGGAAUUCAUGGCCUCGCGAAGCGCGACACUCAUACCCCACUUCCUUUCUUGCGACUUGGUCCAGCCCUCCAAAUCUAGAAUCAAAGUUUACUGUUACGAAACCCAACUAGAGUUGGAUUCGAUAGCGGAUAUAUGGACUUUAGGCGGACGACGGGCCGGCCAGGGGACCAGAGCGGGGCUCGAAUUACUGAAGGAGCUGUGGCAGCUACUACCCAUCACCCAAGGACGUUGCGCUCUUCCAGACUGCUUCUAUGAGCUUGGCGAGUCACCCCAGGAACAAUUACCCUUUAUCAUCAAUUUCACCUUGUCUCCCAACAGUCUUCUUCCCGAGCCUCAGAUUUACUUUCCAUCCUUUGGUCAGAAUGACAAGGCUACUGCGGAUGGCCUAGAAGCAUUCUUCGGGCGUGUGGGCUACGAGGGGAUGGCAACAACCUACACAUCGGACCUCGCCUCAUAUUACCCCGACCUACAUCUCGCCAACACAAAUCAUGUCCAGGCCUGGCUUUCUUUUUCGUUCCGGCAAAAUCACCCAUACAUGAGCACCUAUUUGCAUACCUUCGAGGCGAUGGGUUGUGCUCUUGGGAGACACUCAGUGAGGUUCAAAGAGCAAUAG